GUUGGUUUGAUUUCGGGAAAAGUGUAAACAAAACAUUCACACGUGCAAGAUAUAUUUUUUAAAAUGGGAAAGAAAAGAAAAUUAAAUAAACAAACUAUUGAAGUAAACGAAAGUGAUAAUGAUGGAAAAAAGAUUUGUUUGGAAGGCAUUGUUACAUCAGGCACCUCCACAGAAGGAGACACAAACAUGCUUGUUGUUAUUCCAAAGAAAAAGAAUAAGGAAGUUCCUAAACCAGUUAAAAGUGUCAAAAAGCUCAGCAAAAAGGAAAGGAAAAGACUCACUGAUAUUGUACAGAGGAAGGAAAAGAAAGAAAGGAGAGCCGAGCUCCUGGAGUCCUUGGCCAAACACCAGGCCACUGAGGAGGAAAUGAAAAGAUUUACAUCCAUCACUGAAGUCUACACCCAGAAUUUCAAAAGCAACUUAGCAGUUGAUGACACAUUUGAGAUGAAAAUCAACUCCAUCAAAGGCUCCAAAAGGAAGAAGAAACUACUGAAGAAAUUAACGGAGAAGGAAGAGCCAGAGUCAACAGACACAGAUGAGAUGUCAACAGAUGAGGAGGUGGAGGCCAUCAUGGAAGAGGAAGUGGCCGCCCAUGACAAGAUGGAGGAAACUGAAAAAAAGGAAUCUGCUGAUGAGCCUGUGAAGGAAACAAAUAAUUUAGAGAAAGCAAAAUCAGAAGAGGAGAAAUCAACGCAGCAGGCACAUACUCCAGCUGCGAGUAAACCUGUUGUUUACAUUCCAUUAAAUCGACUGCCUGAGAUGCAAGAUGCCAGACUUAAGCUGCCCAUUCUAGCAGAAGAGCAGGUUGUCAUGGAGACCAUCAGUGAAAACCCAGUGGUCAUCAUCUGUGGAGAAACAGGCUCAGGAAAGACAACCCAAGUUCCACAAUUUUUGUAUGAGGCAGGCUAUGCACAUGACAAAGGCAUUAUAGCAGUGACAGAGCCGCGUCGUGUGGCAGCCAUCAGCAUGGCCAAACGUGUGGCGGCCGAGAUGAACCUCACUGAUCGCGAGGUUUCCUACCAGAUUAGGUUUGAAGGCAAUGUGACGCCAGAAACCAAGAUCAAGUUCCUCACUGACGGUGUUCUCUUGAAGGAAGUGCAACAGGAUCCUCUCCUUGGCAAAUAUUCUGUGGUAAUUAUUGAUGAAGCUCACGAGAGGAGUGUGUACACUGACAUUCUGAUUGGUCUACUCUCCAUCAUUGUCAGACAGAGAGAAAAGCGAGGACGACCAUUAAAACUGAUUAUCAUGUCUGCAACUCUGAGGGUUGAGGAUUUCACAAGUCCAACUUUGUUCAAAUCUAUAAAGCCACCUCCUCUGGUGAAGGUUGAUGCUCGCCAGUUUCCUGUAACUGUUCAUUUCAAUAAGAAAACAGCGGAUAAUUAUAUCACAGAGGCUUACAAAAAGAUUUGUAAAAUUCAUAGAACCCUGCCAGAAGGUGGCAUUCUGGUGUUUGUUACUGGUCAGCAGGAGGUGCACGUACUGGUCAAAAAGUUGCGGAGAAUGUUUCCAUACAUUGCUGGUCAAGUUAACGUUGAGCCUGUGAAAAAAGAAUCCAGGCGAGAGAGAAAGAUGAAAGAAAAACUGAAAGAGGAAGAGAAAAAUAUUUUGACGUCCUUACCCAAAAUUGAUUUAAGCAGCUACUCUGUACUCCCACAAGAUGAUGAAGACGCUGAAAAGGAUACAGAUGUCAUCCAGGCUAACGAUGAUGAUGAAGAGGAUGGAGGUCAUGGCACUGGUGAAGAGGACGAGGAAGCUACGAGAGCUAAGAUGGGAGAGAACCAGCCAGACAGUACCAUCCCCUUGUAUGUGUUACCACUCUACUCAUUGUUGUCAAGUGAAAAACAGGCCAAGGUGUUUGACCCCCCACCAGAGGGCUGUAGACUUUGUAUCAUCGCCACCAAUGUUGCAGAGACCUCACUGACCAUUCCCAACAUCCGCUAUGUUGUGGACACAGGAAAGACAAAGGUGAAAUAUUUCGACAAGGUGACAGGUGUAUCAACAUUUCGAGUUACCUGGGUAUCUCAAGCUUCAGCCAAUCAGAGGGCAGGUAGAGCUGGGCGCAUGGGUCCUGGACACUGUUACAGACUGUAUUCAUCAGCUGUGUUCAGUGACUUCCCAAACUUUUCACCACCUGAAAUAACACGGAGACCUGUGGAUGAUUUAGUGUUACAGAUGAAGAGCAUGAGAAUAGACAAAGUGGCAAAUUUUCCUUUCCCGACCCCACCAGAUGCUGAACAAAUUAAGGCUGCAGAAACUCUUCUUAUGUCUCUUGGAGCCUUGAGAAAUAUUGGCACUGGAUCCCUGAGGUUUAAAGAUCUUAAGAAAGCAAAGAGUCCAGUAAUCACAGAUUUAGGAAUGACGAUGGCGUCAUUUCCAGUGGCGCCGAGGUAUUCAAAGAUGUUAACACUGGCACGGAGCUACAAAGUCUUGCCCUAUGCUAUAGCUCUGGUGGCUGCGCUCUCUGUGGAUGAGUUGUUUGUGGAUGCCAUCCAGGCCACAGAUGUGGAUGAGAAUAAUGAAGAGUUGCAAGCAAAACUAUCAAAGCUGAGUUUAUUCCGCAAUAAUCUUGUGGGAAAUUCUCUGAUGCUUGGGGAUAUGAUGGUGUUGCUGCGUACAGUCGGGGCCUGCGAGGCUGAAGGGUGCUCCCCCACUUUCUGCCAACAGCUUGGUGUGAGGUUCAAGGCCAUGAGAGAAAUCAGAAAACUGAGACUCCAGCUAACAAAUGCAGCUACUGUGGCGUUUCAAGAUGAGAGCCUCGUUGUGGAUCCUAACCUAUCUCCACCCAAUGAAGACCAAAUCUUGGCCUUGAGGAAGGUCGUCCUAGGUGGUCUGGCUGAUCAUGUUGCCAGGCGGAACCCUGCCCCACCCCCAGGUACGGAGAAGUCCGAGACAGCCCGCCUGAAGGGAUCGUUCCAGUGCAGUCAACUGGAGGAACUGGUGUACGUCCACCCAGAGUCUGUUCUGUUCAAGAACAGGGAGGUUGAGUUUGUUGUGUACCAGUCUAUGGUGGAGACGUCUAGACUCUACAUGAGAGGUUUAUGCUGUGUUGAACCCCAUUGGUUCCCAGAGAUGGCCAAGAGCUACUGUGUCUUGUCUAAAGCUUUAGAGGAACCCGCGCCACGCUACGACCCCAGCUCUGGCAAAAUCAUGUGCCACCGGUCUGGGUCUUUUGGGCGUUGCAACUGGGAAUUUCCCCCUACAGAAAUGGAAUUUCCUGACUGUGUUGAGUGUUACAGAUGGUUUGCUAAAUUUCUGUUGGACGGGGAAGUUUUUCUGAGUUUGUCGAAGUUUAAAACAUCUCUCACAACACCAAGUCAAAUUAUGGUCAAAUCCUGGGCCAAACUUCAGCCAAUCACAGAGAGGCUACUAAAAGCACUUCUCAACAAAAGCACUUGUACGAAAAGCCAGCUUGCAGAGGUCUGGAAGAAACAGCCAAAAUUUUUACAAUCUGAGUACCUGGAGUGGGUGUCUGAAGAUAAACAUGCAGAUGUAAUGGCAGAGUGGCCUCCCCUUGACCCACUUUCUUGACACCACCUGUGUUGUGUAGCAGAUAUUUCAAUGAAGUGAAUGAUGUGUGUAAUUAAAAUUUGUUCUAAUUGUUGCU